UGUGUGUGUGUGUGUGGAGAGUCGGUGUCCAGUCUUCUUUUGAGUUGUUGUUGUGCACUAUGACCUACCCAAAACAUCGCACGACCUCCACACAAACCAUAGCCAUAUAAACUUAUAAUAAGAUGGAAUUUGGAGAAGGAAUAACAUGCAACCAUGUAUAAUCAAGUUGAAAGAGCUUGCAGGGAUUCGCCUGCCAUUCUGCUCCUUGUGUGUGUUAUUCUCCUGCUAUCCACACCUGCCAUUGCCGACAUUCACCGUGCAAAAACUCACACGGGAAAAGUUUCACCGUACCCUUCGAGUCAACUGAGAUCCAACCGUGAAAAGUCUGGCACGGACGGUGUCGUCGUUGGCGAUGACUCGGUCGAGUUGGAAGAUGGCUCGAUAGCAAUUGAUGAAGGAUACGAGGCAUGGGUUUUCGCCUUGUUAGCGACUACACUAGUUGGGAUGACGGGGAUUUUUCCGUUGUUAUUACCCAUAGAUGUUGGACCAGCCACCACUAACAAAGAAGGAGCAGCCAAAUUUAAGUGUCUACUAAGCUUUGCAGUAGGAGGGCUUCUUGGGGAUGUUUUCUUUCAUCUGUUACCGGAGGCUUGGUCUCACGUGUCACCAGAUGAUCAUGCUGGCCAGGUCAGCAUUGGACUUUGGGUCAUCUUUGGCGUAUUUGCUUUCCUCGUCUUGGAAAUGAUGUUUGGAGACAACGAAGCUGAAAAGCAAAAUACAGAAAACGCAAACCCUCAGGGAGAGAAGCCUAAAACUCACGACCCAGAAACAUACCCACUUCCAAAUAAGUCAGCAUCGACCUCUGCUCCAGCCCUGGGGAACGGCCACAUCAUGCCGAAGAACAAUAGCAAGUCCCGAAAACGAAGGAAAACGCAGGAAAAUGGAGACGUCAGGAGCAAGGAAAGUGAGAGCAAUGGGUGGAAUGCUUCGAACAGACACGCCCUCAAACAUGAUAACAACAAUCACAAUGGAUAUAUGCAGUCGGUGGAGGAUCAUCAAAAAGUAGAAUGCAAAGAGUCCAAAGUCAAGGUCACAGGGUACUUGAAUCUUCUUGCCAACUUCAUUGACAACUUCACACAUGGCCUGGCCAUCGCAGGAAGCUUUCUCAUCAGUAAAAAGUGUGGAAUUUUGACAACUGCUGCAAUACUGCUACAUGAGGUUCCACAUGAGAUUGGCGAUUUUGCAAUCCUUUUACGAUCUGGAUUUGACAGAUGGCGUGCAGCUAAGGCCCAAGUCUGUACAGCCACCGGGGGUCUAUGUGGGGCCUUGCUGGCCCUCAUGUCUGAGUCUGCUGAGAAGGCAGGAGACAGUGCAGCUUGGAUUCUACCAUUUACCUCAGGGGGGUUUCUGAACAUUGCCCUAGUGACUGUUCUACCUGAUCUACUUGAGGAAACAAACCCAAGAGAGACUGUGAAACAAAUCCUGUGUCUUCUUGUUGGUAUUGGCAUCAUGGGAGCUGUUAAUCUAGUGGUCGAUUGAACAACUUGGUUUAAGGCGUCAUUUUAACCCUGGUUAGUAGCAGUUUAGUGAGGUUUACUGUUUAUGAUUCUAGUUUUAUGUUAAAGUUAGUAUCGACAGAGUAUUCUUUUUUAACCAAGCUGUCCUUGCCAUAAUUUAGUAUGCUUAUAAGAACCUACUAACCAAUUAAGUCUAAACCUGAUUGUCAUAACUAAUUAUCUUCUUUACAUUGUCAUUCUAAAAAAGUUCGAGUGACUAACUGCGGAAUUAUUUUGCAAAACUAUUUUGGAGCUUUUUGAACAAUCAUUGUCCUUUAAAAAUUUCAGUGACAGACUAAGAAAGUGAUUUACGUGAUUUGAAAUUUUCGUGUGGAAAAUUAAAUAGACAUUUAUCGUGAUUUGCAAAACCUGGGCAGUGAGCCGCGGCUGAAAGUAUGCCAUCGAAUGCUUGAACCGCGGAACGCUUAGACUUGCCUCCAUUUGAGCUGAAUAUGCCUCAAAAAGUUGAGACUUCAACACUAGUCACAACUAAUUUUUAGUUCCAAAGAUGCAUUACGGCAAUCGUUGCCGCAGACACAAUAUAGCAAAAUUCCUUCUGAGAAGAUUGAAGGAUUUAUCACUGAUGUCUGAUUGCGUGUUUCGUAAGUAAAUUAUGUUGUCGUGAAUAGUUGCGAGCGACACAAUUGGCUAGUCAAACAGGUAGUCGCGACUUUUUUGAUAGUAGUCGAUGAGUUUUUUUUGUAGUAGAGGUGGCGCACGAUUAACCGAGUAGUUGUGGCUCGACUAGACAAUGGCCUCUGUAACCAUCAUUUAAUUCCAGAAAAUCAAAUGAAAAUCAGGAAGUUCAGGCCGAUGUCGCAUGCAAUUAUGUCCUCUAUGCAAUACUAUCUGGAGGACACUAUUGCAUAUGCAAUAAUGUCUG